AUGUCUUUUAGAGUCAAGACUUUUAGGAUCAAGAGAUUCCUGGCCAAGAAGCAAAAGCAGAAUCAUCCCAUUCCCCAAGUGAUUCACAUGGAAAUUGGUAAAGUAAGUUACCAUCUCAGGAGGAGACAUUGGAGAAGAACCAAACUGGGCAUAUAG